AAACAGCGAUGAGGCGACUAGUUAGCUUAAAGCUAAGUAGCGGUUUUUAUCGCUUCUUGUUGUCGGAGGCGUCGCGUCAACACGUUCGUACAUACAGUUAUCACCUAGAAUUGAUCUGUUAUAUUAUUUAUGUGUUCAUUUUAAGUUUGUAGUUGGAUUACUCAUUUGACGUUACCGACAGCUGGCGAAAUAUGUUUACUAGCUACGUUUGAGUUAACAGUGUAACGCUAGUUGGUGUCAUGGAUCAGUACAGCAUUCUCGGUAGAAUCGGCGAAGGCGCCCAUGGAAUUGUUUUUAAAGCCAAACACAUUGAGACUGGAGAGACGGUGGCUUUGAAGAAAGUUGCCCUUCGAAAGCUGGAAGAUGGGAUUCCUAACCAAGCUCUAAGAGAAAUUAAAGCUCUUCAGGAGAUUGAAGAUAAUCAGUAUGUCGUAAAGCUGAAGGACGUUUUCCCCCAUGGCACAGGCUUCGUGCUGGUCUUUGAAUAUAUGCUGUCGGAUCUAUCAGAGGUCAUUAGGAACUCACAGAGGCCCCUGACUGAGUCUCAGGUCAAAGGAUACAUGAUGAUGCUGCUCAAAGGGGUGGCGUUCUGUCAUGAGAACUCCAUCAUGCACAGGGAUCUCAAGCCUGCAAACCUUCUCAUCAGCUCUACAGGUCACUUGAAGAUUGCUGACUUUGGCCUGGCAAGGCUUUUUUCCAAUGAAGGAGAGAGGCUUUACAGUCACCAGGUAGCAACAAGAUGGUACAGAGCUCCAGAGCUUCUGUAUGGUGCUCGGAAAUAUGAUGAAGGCGUGGAUCUCUGGGCAGUGGGCUGUAUUUUUGGAGAGCUGUUAAAUAACUCUCCUCUGUUUCCUGGAGAGAAUGACAUCGAGCAGCUGUGCUGUGUGCUCCGGGUCCUGGGAACUCCCAACCAGAAAGUGUGGCCGGAGAUCACAGAAUUGCCAGAUUACAAUAAGAUCACCUUUAAAGAGAACCCACCGAUUCCUCUGGAGGAGAUUGUGCCUGACACGUCACCUCAGGCCGUUGACUUGCUGAAGAAAUUUCUCGUGUAUCCCUCCAAGCAGAGGAUUAGUGCCAGACAGGCUUUACUCCAUCCGUACUUCUUUACAGACCCUCUCCCAGCCCAUCACUCAGAGCUGCCUAUCCCUCAGCGUGGGGGGAAACAUUCCCGCCAGCGACUGCAGCCCCCCUUUGAGUUCUCAGUGGAUCGACCUUUACAUGAGAGCUUGGUGGACCCCAGCCUGAUCCAAAGGCAUGCGUGGGGAUGUUUGUAAGGCUGGCUAGUUCAUUGAACAGCACUUAGGAAGUGGCUUUCUUGCACAGUGGCAGGUGGCAGAAGGAGCUUCAGAAAUCAAUAGGCCAUGAGAUGUGUUAGUGAUUUCACAGUUAACAUGUAAUAGAAAAGGCCCAGAAUGGCUUAUUGAUUUAGAAAAUGGCUAAUACAAAAUAAUAGAAUACAUCAGUGCUCAAUAAAUAAUAAACAUUUUAUGGAUAAUAAUUCUAGGGAUUGAAUGAAUUUAAUGGCUAAUUCCAAUUUCUUUACAGUCAAAUUGACCAGUGGCUGAUUUUUAUUUUGAAGCUCACAUUGUGUGGUCACAUUUCCAGUGCUUUAUAAAAGCCAAAGUUGCAAUAUAAAUGUGAACAUAUCUGCUCUUUUGUUCAUUUAAAUAUGAACUCAAAGUGCUGCGUUGAAAGUAAGAGCGACCAGGCUAUUUAGCACAAUGAAUUAUGCACAAUUAUGAUAUAACAGCUGGUGCAGGUGUAGCAGCAGCAUUUAAAUACAGUGCACUUACCUGCCUCGUUAUUCAUUAUGUCAUAAAAUUGCAAAAAAAUAAAGACAAGCAUGCCAAUUUCGAUCUUGGCCAGUUCCAUCAUGCAUCCAUAAAUAUAAAUGCAUCCAUAAAUAUAAUGUAGUUUGUUAACAGAAGAUUGUGGUUGCUAAGCAGCAUUAUAGUCAAAAAUUGUUCUCUGAACACCAAAAUAAGUUUCAGUAACUUGGUGUAUCAAUAUUGAAUUUGAUGUGUGUGAUCUAACACACUGACCGGCCACUUUAAGUACACCUCCUUGUUUCUAUACUCGUCCAUUUUAUCAGCUCCAUUUACCAUAUAGGAGCACUUUGUAGUUCUGUGAUUACAGAUUGUAGUCCAUCUGUUUCUCUGCAUACUUUGUUAGCCCUACAGAACUCCUAUAUGGUAAGUGAAGCUGAUAAAAUGGCCAAAGAGUGAAAUGGCCGGUUGAUGUAUGUUUGAAAUGAUAUUUAAUAACAUCUUUGAACGUGGUUCAGCCAAUUUUUAGAUUUUCAGAUAUUAGACCUGGAACUAUGUUUUCUAAAGCUCACUUUAUGUCACUGCCUUUCGAAUUAGUAUUCUCUAUUUAAAAUUGAAAUAUGAGUGUAACUGCAGUUGAGUGAUAUCUAAAGGUAUUUCUCCUAUUUGUAUUUAUUUUUAUCGGAGCUAAUAUUCUGAGUUGUAGAUAACAGCAUUCUUUUUUCAUUUGAGAUUCAGCGUAUGCAGAGUUGUUUAGUCUAGGCCCAUCCUGAAUCUUGGCUUUAAACUUGAUACUCUUAUUUUUAAACAAAUUUGAAUAUGGUGGGGUGUCUUAGAACUGCUCAUUUGAAUUGGGUUUGAUAUGCUGGUCCUGUUGAUGGUAAUACAUGGGAUCAGUUAAUUUGUUUAGCUGGAAAUGAAAUUCACCUGUGCAUUCACCUGUGCGUGGGCAGGACCCACUUGAAACUGUGACUUUUGUGCUAUCACAGUAACAGUAAUUUUCUUUUUGAUGGUUGGACGAAGGCCAAGAACAGAACUAGAGUGAUGCCAACAGCAAUUAUGGAUUUCUGCAAAACUGGCUUGUUAAAUGCAGUCUGAUCCUAAGUCAUAACAAACAAAUGCAGUCUAAUGAAGCAGUAGCGACAUUAACAUUUUUCAUUGCUGUAUCCUUAUUAAAUUGUUCAAACAGUUGUAUUUGAUGGAAAAUGUAUAUGAACUAGCGGUACCUCCUUUACUGACCUUGACUGAAUGCUCUUUGUGGUUGAUGAUCCUGCACAGAUGUUUUGGCCUGUUCAUCUGUAGAGGAGAAGUUUCAGCUGACAUACAAUUUUGUGUUCCCUUUCUUGAUCUACCUGCAUCAUUGGGACAGAUAUCCUCAGAUUCUCUAGAAUAUUCUUGUAAAACUUGGAGUGCAUUAUUUCAUCAGAUUGCAAGCCGUCACAGUGUUACACUCCCUCCACCAUGCUUCACAGUUGAAAUGAGGUGUUGAAAUAAAGCGUUUUGUUUUCUGCAACAACAAUGCUGUGUACGUUUAUCACAAGAUUGGAGACUUAAGAGUUUAUGAAUGAAACUUUUAAGAGGUCAGUCUUCGGGCUGUACCUAAGAACUGUCCAGUUCUGAGUUUCCCAGCUGCUGGGCAGUGACCAUGCUGUGUUUGGUUUGAACAACAAAACGCUGAACAGAUUCAGCAAAUAUUUCAGAUCUUUUCAUCAAAACGUUGGUUUAUGCUU